UGCGCAUAAUCAACGGUCUGGAGCGGAACGACUCUAAAUUUGUCAGCCAAGCGUAACUGGUUUGUGCUUCGCGUAUACUUGGCCUGUGCCCAUAAGUGCACUGACAACAAACCAUUAGACAAACGCACCACCUAGCUCAAGCAGGCACGCCGCGACAAGCAAUCAGAGUUCAGUGUUGAUGACCGAACUACUGCGAUAAGAAGUCGUCCUUUGAGUUCUAGCAGGACCGUCCCGGGAUUUUUGGCGGUAUGGGCAGAAUAACGGUGGGAUUUAUCCUCUUGCUUGCUUGUGCGUUUGCUUCUAAAGAUUCGGAUUGGACGACAAAGGAUCUAAAGCUAUUUGAGAGAUAUUUUCACUCAGAAAUUCUGAAGAAUGAAUGCAAGCAGGCUCUGAGCUGCAAUAAGUGCAACGCGAAUUCAAAUUGCCGCUGGUGCAUGGGCGAAGAUGGAGCGGACAGCAUAUGCAAACCCACCUCAUCCUGUACAUUAGAGUACCGAAUACCCUGCCAAAUACCCGAACUCCGUGACUACAGGGAGAAUUAUGCCUCGCGUAUGGAGUCCGAAGAUGGUUCGUUACCGGCGAGUAAUAAGUCACAGGUCACUGUAAAUGCAUCUUCCUUGUGUAGCAGUAAGACGAACUGUUCACAGUGCGGGCAAGCUGAAUUUUGCGUAUGGUGUGAUAAGAAGAAAGAGUGUAUACCCUACUUCAACGCUACCCAGGCUACACAAAGCUGUCAAAGUGUUCUUUGGUAUAAAAACCAGUGUAUUUACCCGGGUACCACCAAACCGUGUCCCCUUCGCGUGUCCGGGGGCUGCAAGGAAUGCGUAAAGGAUGACUUGUGCUACUGGUGUGAAUCCAGUAAGAACUGCUCCAUCUAUCCUCAUGAGAAUUAUGUCCCCCCUGACUGUAGUAUGGACGACCUUUACUACAAGAAGUGUUCUCACAUGAAGCUCAUUGUGGUUCUUAUCCCUGUGUUGUGCAUUGUGUUAAUACCAGUGUUUGCGUAUCUCAUUCUUUGGAUUGUAAUGUGCUGUCUGAAAUCUGGAGAGAAAAACGACCCCGGCGACUCAAAGCCGUCACCUCCCACAAAAAAGAAGGAGAAGCCGAAGCCAAUACGACUGCAUCAUCAGCCGCCACGAAGCAAAAUCGAAGAGCUCAAAAAGAAGUAUGCCCUUGACAAGGAGCCGAAAUAUAAUCGAUUUAAUUAAACUGUCAAAAAAUGAGAGGCUAUAUCCUCUGGAAUAUAUCAGCAUUGCACUGCAAGAGGAAUUUAAUAGGAAAGUCUUGGCAUAUAUUUCUAUCAGACCAGAAUAUCAAAUAUAUUGAUGAGGCUUACUGGUCGAAUCUCUGAUAAAUAAGGGAAAAUAUUUCACUAAACACGCCAUGUCCACAAGUUUUAAUGAUCUGUUAUAUUAUGUUCACGAAAACUGGUCGCUGAUUUUUACAAAACCCAUUUUUCGUUUACACCGUCAGUUGGUAGGAGGAUAAAGAUAAAUGUAACAAGAAUGUUGUAAUACUAAAUACUAGAAUUCCCUGAACUUUCUGGUGUUCUUCAAAGGCAUGUGGUUGUUUACUGUCGGUAAAAUGUUAUAUUCCAAAUAUUUUGAAUAAAAAGGGGGUUGUGCAGUA